GCUGGGAGCUGUAGUCUCCGUGAGCACCCGCUGGGACCGCGCUGCCGCCCCCUGCCCUCGCUGCGGCCGGUGAGACCGAGGCGGGCGGCUGCUCCGGCGGCCGGUCCCGCGCACGGCUGAGCCGCCUGAGGAAGCUGGAAAUGGUUCGUUGGAAGCUUGGCUCUGCCAAGCGUGCGGUUUCCGCGGGCAAAGCCCGGCGGAGCGGGGUGUCUGUGCGGGUGCGGACGGACCUGGCGGUACCGGGGGGGGUCAGCAACCGCGGGCAGCGCCCCGGGACCCCGGGAGCAGCCGCCCGGCCCCCGCGGCACCGCCUAUGGGCGGAGCUUCCGCAGCGCGGCCCCGCCCGCCGGCAGCCGGGCCUCAGCCGCUCGGACGCUCCGCUGGUGGCGGACGGUGGCCGUGAAGGUCCGUUUCGCGUUCUCCCAUGGCGGAGCGGGAGGAUGUCGCUGGUGCUGGGGCUGCUGUCGCACACGCUGAGCAGGGUGCUGUGGUACUCCGGGCUGCGUAGGGGCUGCCAUGCCCCCCGGAGCCACGCCAUGGAGCAGGACAAGGCGCUCGAGGUUUACGAUAUAAUCCGUACUAUCCGGGACCCAGAGAAGCCAAAUACUUUAGAAGAACUGGAAGUGGUAACAGAAAACUGCGUUGAAGUGCAGGAGAUAGGAGAAGAUGAGUAUCUGGUUAUCAUCAGGUUUACACCAACAGUACCUCAUUGCUCUUUGGCUACUCUCAUUGGCCUUUGUUUAAGAAUAAAACUUCAGAGAUGUUUGCCUUUUAGACAUAAGCUGGAAAUCUACAUAACUGAAGGUACACAUUCCACUGAAGAAGACAUCAACAAGCAAAUCAAUGACAAGGAGAGAGUAGCAGCCGCGAUGGAGAACCCAAACCUGCGUGAAAUCGUGGAGCAGUGUGUCACAGAGCCUGACUAGCAGCUGGGACAGCCACAGAUACCAUUUUGAUACAUUUCGUAAAGUAUCUUUGUUAAAAAAAAGAGAAAAUAAUAAUAAUCAAGGCCUUGAGUUUAAUACUUGAGUUCUUUUUAUCUUCCAUGUGUUUUUUAAAAGGAAUUGUUUAUAAGAUAGAUUUAAAUUAUGACGAAUUAGUCUUUAAAGUGAAGUGUAUAGUGUUCAGAGUUGUAAUUUCUGGUGUCCAGAGAAAUAUUUUAUGAUUAAAGACAAAGCAACACCCAGGCAUUGCCUUCUGACAGACAUUGUGAUAUAAAUGCAGUUUUGAGGGGUGAAUUUCUACGUUGUUCCAAUCGCUGCGCUGUAAAAAUAAAAGUUGAUUCUUGUACUGAAA